GGAAAAAGUACAUAGCCCGAAUAAACCACGACUCCUCUCUCACGAGGGGACUCUCUCUCUCUCUCUGUGUAGAGAAACAGAAACAAUCAACGCCUCAACUGGCCUUAGAAUCCGGAAACUCCACAAAAGAUCAAACAAAGCAAAGCCAACCGAGGGUUCUCUGUCUUUCUCUCUCUCUCUCUCUCAGGAACCAAAAUACCACUUUUCUCUCUCUCUUUUUCUUUUGCCUUUCCCAUUUUCCUUUUACCGGAACAUACUACUGGUAUUCCGUUCUUUUCGUAACAGUACCGGUGGGUCCGGCCAUGUCGUCCGCUGUUGUCGGCACGACCAACUCCGGCAACGAUAGCCCACGGCACGCUGCGGGGCCCACCAAGACUAGGCGACGAGUGGCGGACAUCAUCAUGAUAGACGCCGAGAAACCACCCUCCUCCAUCAUCAUCUCCAACCUCUCCGGCCAAGAAGACGGGGACGACAUUAACGGCUCCGACCGUGGGUCGUCCCACUUCCAUUACCACCAUCACCACCAUUUCCACCACCCCGUGAUCAGGUAUCUCCUGCUCCGCUCCCGGGGGUUCUUCUGCGUGCCCGACGCGUGGCUGCUGUGGGCGGCCGUGAUGGGGCAGUCCUUGCGGUCGGGGAGGAAUAUGGGCCGUAAGAUAUUCGGGCUUUUGAUGCUCAUGGCGGUCGUGUCGGUGUUCGUGAAAGUCUCGCUCCUGAGCAGUCACGUCGAGGGGCACGGAAAGAAGAUGGACAACGGGCUCCUGAUCGUACAGACCUUCAAGGACGAUUGGGCGUUGGCUCAGAGCGCUGUCGCCGAGACCCAAACCUCCAUGCCCAAGCGUGUCCUGGAGAGAUUGACUACUCCAGAAAUAUGGAUGAAACCAAAUAGUGACAACUUUUACCAAUGCAUUGUUCGACCCAGGAAUCGAAUAAGGACUGGCUCGAAAACGAAUGGCUAUCUUGUUGUUCAUGCCAAUGGUGGAUUAAAUCAAAUGAGAACAGGAAUAUGUGAUAUGGUUGCUGUUGCAAAGAUAAUGAAUGCCACUCUGGUUCUUCCUUCUCUUGAUCAUGAGUCGUUUUGGACAGAUCCGAGUGAUUUUAAAGAUAUCUUUGACUGGAGGCACUUCAUGGAAGUUUUAAAUGAUGAUAUUGAGAUAGUUGAGUAUUUGCCACCCAAAUAUGCAGCAGUGAAGCCCCUUCCCAAGGCCCCUGUUUCCUGGUCUAAGGCUAGUUAUUACAGAAGCGAGAUGAUUCCAUUGUUGAAGAGACACAAGGUGAUAAAGUUCACCCACACCGAUUCUCGACUGGCUAAUAAUGGCCUUGCUUCCUCCAUUCAGAAGCUCAGGUGCCGCGCCAAUUACCAGGCUCUCCGGUACACAAAGGAUAUUGAAGAUUUUGGGUCGAUUUUGGUUGACAGAUUAAGGAACAAUAGUGAGCCCUAUAUCGCUCUGCAUCUAAGAUAUGAGAAAGACAUGCUCGCUUUCACUGGGUGCAGCCACAACCUUACCACAGCCGAGGCGGAUGAACUUAGGACUAUGAGGUACAAUGUUAAGCAUUGGAAGGAGAAAGAAAUAGAUAGCAACGAAAGGCGGCUCCAAGGCGGAUGCCCAAUGUCCCCUAGAGAAGCAGCCCUUUUCCUUAAGGCAAUGGGUUACCCUUCCACUACAACUAUUUACAUAGUUGCAGGAGAGAUGUAUGGCAGGAAUAGCAUGGCUGCCUUUCGCUCUGAGUACCCAAAUGUCUUCACUCAUUCCACUCUUGCAACAGAAGAAGAGUUGCUGCCCUUUAAACCAUAUCAGAACCGCCUGGCCGCCUUGGAUUAUAUUGUGGCACUUGAAAGUGAUGUCUUUGUUUACACGUAUGAUGGGAAUAUGGCCAAGGCAGUGCAGGGACAUAGGAGGUUUGAAGGAUUUCGAAAGACUAUCAAUCCUGACAGAUUAAAUUUUGUUAGACUGAUCGAUCAGCUGGAUGAGGGAGCGAUAUCUUCAGAAGAAUUUUCUUUGGAGGUUAAGAAAUUGCAUUCUGACAGGCUUGGAGCACCAUAUCUUAGACAGGCAGGAGAGUCACCAAGGCUGGAGGAGAACUUUUAUGCAAAUCCUUUUCCCGGUUGCGUCUGUAACAAGUCUCAGGAGCAACUUACUAGACUAAAACUUGACCACAGACGUCUUAAGGCUGCAGCACAAAGAUAGGGUUUCGGUUGAUUGAGAUUAUGCGGCUCAUACAUUUGAGUAUAAGAUAACCGCUGAUGAGUGUUUUUGAAAUGGACUACUUCCCACCCUGAAAACAAAGGCUGCCAACAAGGUCUACAAUUUUGAGUUUCUCAUGGGAUUUGACAGGAGAGAACCUUACCAGCAAUUUAGGGGAGUGGAGAAGAUGGGUGCAUAAUUUUGAGGUAAACCAGGUUAGCUUAGCUACACUGGCACAGCGACAUCAUCCCUGUCAAGUAUAUAGAGUUAUAGAAUUCCAUUAAUUCAUUAUUCUUCCCCUAAUUCAGUUGUCGAGAUGACUUGCCAAAUUGGGCAUCAUGGCCAACUUGAAUGUAAUAUUGAUACAGUUCACCACAGAAAUUGAUUUGCACAUGCUCCUACCAGAUAUCUUCUCAA